CCGUUGCAUCACCAGCAUAUACUACUGCCGCAGCUGCUGACUUCUCCUAGCCGGCCGGCCAUGACUGCUCCCUUACUCACGCUUGUACUCCUCCUGCUGACCUCGUCGGUGGCCGUGGCGUGCGCCAGUGCCGAUCCCAAGGGCGACCUCAAGCGCAUCCGCGUGUACAUGCACGAAACCAUGUCGGGGCCGAACGCGACACUGCUGACGUCAGUGCAGUCCCCGCUGGGCGGCAGCGCAACGUUCGGGCAGAUCGGCGUGCUGGACAACGAGCUGCGGGACGGACUGCACCGGGGUAGCUCGUCGCCGCUGGGCCGGUUCCAGGGCUUGUUUGCCAUGACUGGGCUGGCGAACACGCCGGGCCUUCUGUCAGCGGUGGACGUCGUGUUCACGGGCGGGAAGUACCAAGGGAGCACGCUGGCCAUGCUGGGCACGAUACAGGACUUGCGGGCCUCCGUCGAGCGCACAGUCGUCGGCGGGACCGGCGCGUUUCGGAUGGCGCGGGGUUACAGCUCCAUGGUUUACAUUCCCGAGGCGAGCACGGCGAACAACGAUGUCUACAGGAUCGACUUCUUUGUUGAUGUUUAGGCUUUCUCCAUGGAGAUUCUUUUAUCUUUUAAGAGUCGAGGAAAUAAAAGGAAGAGAACAAAUGCAGAAUUAACUCGUCGCAAAAUAUAUGUCUCUUGCGUCA